AUGACCUUAUCAGUAGAUUAUGUUUCUGAAAGAAUUGCACUUCUCCAAGAGAGAGGAGAAGAAUUAAAACAGAGAGAAACAGAUUUAUACAUGCGUUUUAAAAAUUUAGCUGCCGAUUACAAGCAGAUUUCAAAUGAUGACCAGAUCUAUCAGCUCCUUCAAAAAUACGAGGAGCUUAGAAUAAAAGCACGUAACUUACGCGAAAUGGCUCAAACAGCUCAUCAAGUAAGCAAGAAUUCUGAAGAAAUUCAAAAACUUUCUGAGACUGAGCAGAAGUCUACAGAAUUUACAUUCGAUCCAUUGCAUCUAACGUAUUAG